AUGAGAAACAAGUUGAAACUUGCAUUCGUGGCCAGUGAUUCUCAAAGGAAGAUAACCUACAACAAGAGAAAAAAGAGUCUAACGAAAAAGAUCGAUGAACUCACUACCCUCUGUGGGGUUGAUGCUUGUGUUAUCAUUUUUAGCAAUUUUCAUUUAGACCCGGAGAUCUGGCCUUCCCAAUCGUCGGAGGUCCAAAGGAUUUUAACGAAAUUCAAAACUUAUUCUGAAUUUGAGCAGGGUAAGAAGAAGCUGAGCCACGAGAGCUAUUUGAUGAAGAGGAUAACCAAGUCCAGAGAGCAAUUGGCGAAAUUGGAGAAGAACAAUGGAGAAUUGCAGAAGUCGUUGAUCUUGUAUCAAUGUCUUGCCAAUGAAAUUCCAGUCGACACUCUGAACUUAGAUGUUUUGAAUGAUGUUGAUUGUGAAAUUAAUCGGAAGUUAGCGGAAAUUGCUUCAAAAGAAAAUGAAGUAGACCCAAAUGCAACCUCUUAG